CUCUCUCGUGCGUUCGUCAUCUUAUCGUCCGCUAUAACUCCGCGAGAGAGUUAAAUACCUCGAUCUCUCUCCCCCAACGCUUGUCUAACUUACAAUUACGUAUAAUUCGUGUCACUCGUGAUUAUGGCGAUCAUCGCGGCGAGAUGAGAAAGAGAGCAGCGCUCGAGGAAUAGUGUUGUGCAAGAAGCGCAAAGACAAAACUCUUUGAGUAGUUUAUACUAGGUGAACGGGGGCAUAUAUUUGGUUUUAUAUACGGCAAAUUUUGAACGGCAAGCGGAGACAUGGAGGGUCAACAGUUUUGUUUACGAUGGCACAAUUUCCAAAAUACACUUUUGAGCUCUCUCCCAAAAUUGCUUGACGGUGGCCACCUAACAGAUGUCACACUGAGCGCUGGUGGUAGACAUAUUCAUGCUCACAGAAUCAUACUCUCAGCCUGCAGUUAUUAUUUUAAAGAAUUGUUUAAGGACUUAGGCUCCUUGCAACAUCCUGUCAUUGUGUUGCCAGGCAUGGAAUAUGCAAAUUUGUGCGCUCUAGUAAAGUUUAUGUACAAUGGAGAAGUAAACAUUUAUCAAGAGCAAUUACCUGCUCUUUUAGCUAUGGCUGAUACAUUAAACAUAUGUGGAUUGGCUGAUAUAGCUGGGAAAAAUCCGAGGCACGAUAACGGUUUGUACGUAGAACCGCCGGUUAUAGAGUCUCAGAAGAAAUUGUUAAACGAAGAAAUGAUAAUGACAGAAUCGAAAAAUCCGACGACUAACGAAUUGAUGACACAAUCGAUAUCCGCACCGCUACCCGAGAAAACGGAGAAAUUGGAUGACGAAGAGCCCAGCAACGAUCAAGAAACUAUAUCGUACUGUGUGAAGACAAAGCCGUAUUACUCUAUAAAUGCGAAGUUAAAUCAAAGAGAGAAAGUGUCUGUUCCCGUUAACGCGUCCACUAACAAGUACGUCGAUAAAGGAUAUUCCGAGAAUAUUACGGAUGAGGUCGCGCCUGUUGUGGAGGAACAAAUCACACCCAUGGAGGACGUGAAACCACCGCCAGACGUAUGGGACGCUGGUUACAAGUUGCUCACGCCGUCCGCAUCCGGCGGACGAACUUCCCAGACUUACAACAAAUCAAGUGUAACGUGUGUCAUUUGUGGUAAACAGUUGAGCAAUCAGUACAACUUACGAGUGCACAUGGAGACGCACAGCAACAGCUCGUACAGUUGCACGGCGUGUCCGCACGUAUCGCGAUCGCGAGACGCUCUCAGGAAACACGUGUCGUAUCGACACCCGGUAGCUCCUUCGCAAAAACGUCCACGUUAUAACACGUCGAAACCACCACUAUAGUAAAGCCACUUUUAUGUUCCUAUUAUACACGAAAUAGAAAAAGUAAUGAGUAAAAAUUUAUUUUCGACACAAUUUGAUAAGACAAAAUUCUCAAAUGUUAAUAACUUUUUUCGGACAAAAAAGUGUUUUUCAAGUAAAUUUUUACAGAAGAAGUAGUCUCAUUACUUUGAUAUCAGACAUUGCGUGUUGCGUGUAUUGCGCGCGCGCGCUCACACAUAAGACGCUUGAAGUCCUUCUAGAAAAUACCUCUUUACCAAAACAAACAAAAAAAAUAUAUAUAUAUAUAAAUAAUAGUAUGAUUACAAAGUAGCGCUCGGAAAUUUUAGACGUUCGAAUUACUCAAACUGCUUGAAUCUCAAGCUCGAACGUUCAAAAUAUCUUGGGUUGAUAAGUAUUAUACAUAAUCGAACAGUUCCGUUAGUUCGGCCAUAAAAAGUGAAACGCGUUACGGAAAACAAAGAAUCUGGUUUUUUGUCUGUUUGCGAAGCCUAUCGUCAAAUUAAUCGAAUGGUUCGAAGGCUACUUGUUCAAAUGUUUCCGCCUUGAACUUUUCGAUUAAUUCGAACGUAUUUGUUUGAAAUCCACAAAGAAACAAAAUCCGAGAGAGAAAUUGUACAAAAAAAAAUUUUUAUCAUCCCCACCUUUUGACUACGGAACGCCGUAAGUGUCGUUAAAAAAUUCAUGAGAUUUGUAAAAAAAAAAGUUUAUUCGAUUAUGCAAAGACAUGUGUACGGAAAAUUAUUAACUUUUUUACCAAAUUGAGCAUGUAAAAAUAUGAGCAAUAAAAAUGCGCGCGUCGCAGCCAAAAGGUUUUUAAAAAGCCCGUUUUUUGCGGCGCAUCCUACAUAUUAAAAUAAAUUACCGAUAAAAGGUAUCGUACCUCACUUAUUUAUAAGAACAGCGUUGGACUGAUUAAUAAUAAGACAUGGUAUUAGCAAGUGCUUUCGUUAAGUGUACAAAAGCGUGAUCAAAUUUUUGAAGACCCUUAGUGUUCGAAUUGUUAUCGUUUUCUUGUUACUGUUACAUCGUUUUAAUAAAGACAAGUUAGAUGAUACGA